AUGGACUCGAUACAGGCGCAUCCGCCAAAGCAGGCUGCGUACCACGACAAGCGUGUGGUCACUAACAAAUCGUAUUUGAUAGAACCAAUCGUUAGACAUCGGAUCCUUGACUCUCUAUUCUACAAACAGUACUUGUUUCUCGCCAACGAGCUGACCAUAUUACCGGUGAUAACCCAACAUGUGCGCUACAUAGGCGGAACAGACUCGGUAGGCCGACCAUCCCCAUUUUUGUGUUGCUUGCUCCGACUAUUAGAACUCGAGCCGCUGUCAGAAAUCGUUGAGUAUUGCUUGAACCAGACACACUUCAAGUAUGUUUCAGCAUUGUAUAUGAUGUACGUUCGGCUCACAGCAACCAAUGAGUAUGCUUAUAUACAACUUGAACCGUAUCGCUCAGACUACCGAAAGUUGAGGAUACAAUUGAAAUAUCCUGAAUCGGUCGAUGGACUCCAAGUGAGAUACAAAUUGAGCUAUGUAGAUGAAUGGUCAUAUCUUCUAUUGACCCAGCCCCGUGCCCUAGGCUUGAUCCUUCCGAGAAUUCCACCUCGGGAUCAAUUGGAAGAUGCGGGAGUCUUGCAGGCAAGACUAGCUAAUUUUAGUGAUGAUGAUAAUGCUGAUGGAGAGGGUGUCCCAGAGAGUAGUGACUACGAGAGUGACAGUGAUUAG